CAGCAAUCCUUAUUAUCCGAACGUGACUCACGUUUGUUUGCACCUUAUAGAGGUCAAUUCGCCUUUACGACUUGCUAGACAAGUUUUCUCUCAUACUCGACUCAUAGCCCACGAUGGAGCACAUUAAAAAGACGUUUGCACAAUGCAAGAAGGAGGGCAGGUCUGCCCUCGUCACCUAUGUGACAGCAGGUUACCCCACUGCUCAAGAGACGCCCGACAUCAUGCUGGGCAUGGAAGCUGGUGGUGCAGACAUCAUUGAGCUUGGAAUGCCCUUCACCGACCCCAUCGCCGACGGUCCCACGAUCCAGACCGCGAACACCCAGGCUCUGAAGAACGGAGUCAACACCGCCGAUGUCCUCCAGAUGAUCCGUGAUGCGAGGAAGCGCGGUCUCAAGGCCCCCGUUAUGCUUAUGGGAUACUACAACCCUCUGCUCAGUUACGGCGAGGAGAAGAUGCUCCAGGACGCAAAGGAGGCAGGUGCUAAUGGAUUCAUCAUGGUCGAUCUGCCGCCUGAGGAGGCUCUGCGCUUCAGGAACUUCUGCCGCAACUACGGUCUCUCCUACGUUCCAUUGAUCGCCCCAGCCACCUCGGAACACCGCAUGCGCGUCCUCUGCCAAAUCGCCGACUCGUUCAUCUACGUCGUUUCCCGCAUGGGUGUCACCGGUGCUUCCGGAUCCAUGAAUGCUGCUCUUCCCCAGCUUUUGGAGCGCGUUCACAAGUACUCCGGCAACAAGCCGGCCGCCGUUGGUUUCGGUGUCAGCACCAGGGAUCACUUCCUGAGCGUUGGUCAGAUUGCUGAGGGUGUCGUCAUCGGCAGUCAGAUUAUCAACGAGAUUGCCAAGUCUGAGCCUGGAACCGGCGCAAAGGCUGUCGAAGCGUACUGCGAUAAGAUUUGCGGUAGGAGCAGCCGUGAGACCACCCGCGAAGUUGGCAUUGUUGAGGCCAUCGACGGUGCCAAGGAGCCCACUGGUGUACACGUCGACAAGGUCAUCACUGAUGCCGACACCCCCGACGGUCCCGGACUUGCCGAUCAGCUGGAGGCAUUGAACACCAACAGCGAUGACUUCGACGAGGAGCAUGCGCUGCCUCCCCGUUUCGGCGAAUUUGGCGGUCAAUACGUACCUGAGUCGCUCAUGGACUGUCUUUCCGAGCUUGAGAAGGGCUUCAAUGCAGCGAUUGAAGACCCCAAGUUCUGGGAAGAGUACCGAUCGUACUACGACUACAUGGGCCGUCCCGGGCAUUUGCAUCUUGCAGAGCGUCUAACGGAGCAUGCUGGAGGUGCGAACAUCUGGUUGAAGCGUGAAGACCUGAAUCACACCGGAAGUCACAAGAUCAACAACGCGCUUGGACAGGUUUUGGUGGCCAGGAGACUUGGAAAGACCGAGAUCAUCGCCGAAACUGGAGCUGGUCAGCACGGUGUUGCAACUGCCACUGUCUGCGCCAAGUUUAACAUGAAGUGCACCAUCUACAUGGGUGCUGAGGAUGUCAGGCGCCAAGCUCUAAACGUUUUCCGCAUCAAGCUGCUCGGUGCUUCGGUCGUCGCUGUCGAGGCUGGCUCUCAGACCCUCCGUGACGCAGUCAAUGAGGCUAUGCGCGCCUGGGUCGUCAACCUGGACACCACUCACUACAUCAUUGGAUCUGCGAUUGGUCCUCACCCUUUCCCGACCAUCGUUCGUACUUUCCAGUCCAUCAUUGGUAACGAGACCAAGCAGCAGAUGCAGGAGAAGCGCGGCAAGCUUCCCGAUGCGGUUGUAGCCUGUGUUGGCGGUGGUUCCAACGCUGUUGGCAUGUUCUACCCCUUUGCCAACGACCCUUCAGUCAAGCUUCUUGGUGUUGAAGCUGGUGGUGACGGUAUUGAUACCGACCGCCACAGCGCUACCUUGUCUGGAGGUACCAAGGGUGUACUUCACGGUGUCCGCACCUACAUCCUGCAGGACAAGCACGGACAGGUCAGCGAGACUCACUCCGUCUCCGCUGGUCUCGACUACCCUGGUGUCGGACCUGAGCUGGCCAGCUGGAAGGACAGCGACCGUGCUAAGUACAUUGCUGCAACUGAUGCUGAAGCCUUCAUUGGUUUCCGUCUGGCGUCUCAGUUGGAGGGUAUCAUCCCUGCGCUUGAGACUGCUCACGCCAUCUACGGUGCGAUUGAGCUGGCUAAGACCAUGACCAAGGACCAGGAUAUUGUUAUCUGCGUGUCUGGUCGUGGUGACAAGGAUGUGCAGAGUGUUGCUGAAGAGCUGCCCAAGCUGGGUCCUAAGAUUGGCUGGGACCUGAGGUUCUAAGCGCCCUCAACACCAAAGCCUCAACAGCUCACUUCGGCAAGCUUGCGCUUUGACAGCCGUCAAGCCAGCAAUAUCCUCGGAUCAUAGACAGCAAUGAAAACUACACCUGCCUU